AUGAACACAGCGGUGGGCUUGUAUGCCCGGGCAUCCGCAACCUCGAGCCUGACUCCCUACGACUACUGCAGCGGUCAAGACUCUAUCUGCAGUGCAUUCCAAGGCCUAGAUCGCGACUGCGACGACCAGAAUGGCGCCGACUACUAUGAAUGCAUUUGCGUAUCCGGAUGGGUCCCGACAAACCUGGCUUGUGGAUAUUGCAUGUACGCAUUAGGCCUUACGGAGCGACUAAGGGAUCCUCGGAACUUUUCCGAAAUCUGCAGCGACGAAGGCUUCACUGUUGCACCGAUGCCCUCAAGCAUUGUGUCUGAGCAAAAAGAGCGGAACAAAACCAUUGAUGUGCCUGAGCCGGAAGAAGAGACGACUACAGCCCCAACAUUCACGGUUGACCUGCCUCGCAAGACCACUCAUGAGGCCGAGACGAUAACGUUUUACGGAACACCCACUGUUUCGCUCCCGGAAAUCACACAGAGACAAUCAAAUAGCGGACCUUUUUAA